AUGAUAUGUCACAAUCACAGUGGUGGUGCUAUGGUAGUGCUUUGCAGGCCUGUAUUGAAGAAGCCUAUGUGCCUGGCUUCCAACACAGACCAGCUUCGCACCCAACUCGAUCAACUUCAUGCUGAAGCCGAAACCACCAGAGCCAAAGAGGCAGCAGAGAAACUAAAACGACGGGCUUCUAUUAGUGUUAAUUCUGGAAAAGAAAAUGAUGCAAGGGAAAUGCUUUUUCAAAAGAAGAAAGUUAUGAAGGCCAUGGAAAGCUCAAAAAAUCGAAUUGAAUUGCUUGAUCAGCUCUCUUCUAAACUUAAUCAGGUGAUUUCUCUAAAAGAAAGCCAGCUGAUAGGGAAUGUGGCUUUCGAUCUUGAAGUUGACACCGAAGAUGAUUCGAGCCCGGUUCGGAUUGUUUCUCCUAAGCUGGAAGUUACAGACUUCGGCUCUGAUGAUGACCUGAAAUUUAGUGAUGGUCAAGACUCGCAGUUUUGUGCCAAUGGCAAAACAAGCGUGCCGAUUGAUGAGGAAGAGGGAUUCGUUUGCGGGGACAUUUGUAAUGAAGAGGGCAUAAUGAGGGGUUUGAAGGAUAUAUCCUCGUAUGAGGACUUCUUGGGACAUUUGGAUGCGCAGCUUAAUAAAAUUGAAUCAGAACUUGUCACCAUUUUGAAUGUCUCAGCCUUGGUACUGAAUGAUAAUGAGAAGCCUAAUAAUUUUAAGGUGCAGCAAUCGAUAGAGCUUCUUGAGAGUGUCCGUGCUAUUAGGCAGAAAUUUGAUGACAAUAAUGGUCGUGUGUUGGAGAUGGCAUCUGAGUUUGUCUGUCUUUGCAGAAUCUCAAGGAUAAUGCAGAGGAAGUUGCUAGGAAAAAUUGGAGACAAAUCUCGGAACCAGCAUGUCGUGAAGCUCCCUGGACUCAUACAAGGCCGUUGA